AUGAAACAAACUUAUUCCAAUAUUCAAUGGAUUCAUUCAAUAUAUAAUAAUAAAUCAUUAAUUAAAAAUGAUUCAAAUUUAACCAAUCAUUAUUCAAGAUCCUAUCAUCAUUUAUCAUUAAUCAAUAACAAUAAUUCAUUCAAUACAAUUCAAUCAUUAGAUACAAAUUUAAAUUUUAAUUGGGAAUCUAAUUUAAAUCGUAUUACAACAGAUUGGGCUGAAAAACGUUUAAUUAAAGAUUUAUUAUAUGAUUAUGAAAAACAAUCUAGACCAGUUGUAGAUGGUUUAACACCAAGAGUUUAUGUAACACCAAUACAAAUUACACAACAAAUUACUGUAGAAUUUGGUUUAGAAUUGUUACAAAUAUUAGAUUUAGAUGAAAUGGAUCAAAUUUUAACAACAAGUGUUCGUUCAUUAUAUAAAUGGAUAGAUCACAAUUUAAUAUGGAAUCCAAAUGAAUACGGUGGUAUUGAUUCAGUGACUAUACCUGUGGAAUACUUGUGGAUACCCGACAUUUCACUUUAUAAUUAUGCAGAUGAAAGACUCAAUGAAAGAAGACCAUGUGAUGCAAGGAUUUUUUCUGAUGGAAGUGUACUUUGGAAUCCAAUGGGUAUAUUUAAAAGUACAUGUUCUGUUGAUAUUAAAUAUUUUCCAUUUGAUCGACAAAAAUGUGUUCUGAAAUUUGGACCGUGGAGCUAUGACGGAUUUCGUGUUAAUAUUUCAUUUUAUGAUGGUGAAAGAAAUUUUCGUCUACUUAAUUAUAUUACUAAUCCUGAAUGGAAUUUAUUAAAUUCAAGUGCUGUAUUCACAGAAAUCUCUUAUCCUUGUUGUCCAGAAAAAUAUCCUGAUAUAACAUUUCAUGUAUGGAUUAAAAGAAAAUCUGCAUUUUAUACAUAUAUCUUAAUAAUACCAAGUAUUUUAUUAUCAUCGCUUACAUCAGUAAUUUUUUGGCUUCCACCACAUUCACCGGCAAAAAUUGUUUUAGCAAUGAAUGUAUUUGUUGCGUUUCUUCUACUUCAUCUCUUAUUGGAAGAUACAACUCCAGCAGCUGCAAGUAACUUCCCACUACUUGGCGCAUAUUAUUGUUUCAAUAUGGGUGUUAUUACAGUUUCAAUGUUUUUAUGCUGUAUAACAGUUAAUAUACAUUUUCGAACAGCUGAAACUGAACAACCGUCUAAAUGGUUAAGAAAAGUUGUAAGCAGCUGAUGAGAACCUAGC